AUCAUUUGUUUACAUUUUUAAACUGAACGAUAGUAAUGCAUUUUCAAAGAUAUUCUAUUUUAUCGAGAUGCAGCUGUAGACCUAUAUACAUGAUAUAUCCAAUAUCAAUUUAAAUGUCCCGAACACCACCACUGAGCAUUCUUUAAAUUCCCAUUGAAAUAAUGCUAAUUUCCAAACGUCUUCAGUAAAUAAUAUAGGCCAUACUGCAUAUUUGGGGGAUUACCACAAAGACAUGUGCUCUUAUUUUGAAGGUCCUGAUCGGAAGUGGAUAUACUUUCCUCCAAAUUUGACAGCCGGAGUGGAGAGAGAGGGCGAAGAGGAGCAGGGACACAGCAACCUGCUGGAGGACUCACAUGGUCCUGCCGCAGCACUCACUACCGCCCACAGGACUUGGUCCCCCGGUAAAGCAGCGUCAUGGCUCGGGAGAACGGAGACGCCAGCGGGGGUGAGACGUGGAAGAAGCAGGUCGACGACAUCAAGAAGAUCUUUGAUUUCAAGGAAGUGCUCGGGACAGGAGCCUUUUCCGAGGUGGUCCUAGCCCAAGAGAAGCUGACGGGUCGGAUGUUUGCGGUGAAGUGCAUCCCAAAAAAGGCUCUGAAGGGGAAAGAGAGCAGCAUUGAGAAUGAGAUCGCCGUGCUGAGAAAGAUUAAACAUGAAAAUAUUGUGGCGCUAGAGGAUAUCUACGAGAGUCCGGAUCACCUCUAUCUCAUCAUGCAGCUGGUGUCAGGCGGUGAGCUUUUUGACCGGAUUGUUGAAAAAGGCUUCUACACAGAGAAAGACGCGAGCACGCUCAUCCGACAAGUGCUGGAUGCUGUGGACUACCUGCACAACAUGGGCAUCGUACACCGAGACCUUAAGCCAGAGAACUUGCUGUAUUUUAAUCCCCAUGAUGGUUCAAAGAUCAUGAUCAGCGACUUUGGCCUUUCCAAGAUGGAGGGAAGCGGUAAUGUCAUGUCCACUGCAUGUGGCACCCCAGGAUAUGUUGCGCCAGAAGUUCUUGCCCAGAAGCCAUACAGCAAGGCGGUGGACUGCUGGUCCAUUGGAGUGAUUGCCUAUAUUCUGCUGUGCGGCUACCCUCCGUUUUACGACGAGAACGACUCCAAGCUGUUUGAACAGAUUCUGAAAGCAGACUAUGAGUUUGACGCACCAUACUGGGAUGACAUAUCCGACUCAGCCAAGGAUUUCAUCAGCAGCCUUAUGGAAAAAGAUCCAAGCCAGCGUUUCACCUGUGAACAGGCACUCCGACAUCCCUGGAUCGCUGGAGAUACAGCUCUCUGCAAGAACAUCCAUGAGUCUGUUAGCCGGCAAAUCAAGAAGAACUUCGCCAAGAGCAAAUGGAGGCAAGCGUUCAACGCCACGGCGGUGGUUCGCCACAUGAGGCGGCUGCAACUUGGCAGCAGCAUGGGGAGCAGUGUGGACUCUUCUAACCCACACAGGCUGAGCCAGAAGCUGGCACAAGGUCCAAGCCAGGUAGACCGGAACCGGCCGUCUCAAAGCCCGAACACAGGCUCAGCUGCUAGUCAAGCUUCAUCCUUUGAUAACAACAUGGCAGCUCCACGCAAGGAAUGUGUCCCCACGCCUGCCACUCCCUGCAGUCUGGCAUCUGCAGCCGCUGCUCCCGCAGCAGGGGCGGAGCUAAGCCGGCCACACCCCUCGGUGGUCCCCGCCCCGGUUCUCACGGAGACGAAGUGACGCCAGGUCUUGCGGGGGACCAGCUGGGAGGCCACGGCGCUGUGAGGCAGAGGGACGCAAGGAUACGAAGGAGAGCAGGAGAGGAAGAGGAUGGCCCUCUUGUUUCACCCCUUUUGUCUCUUCUCUGAACUUCUUCAUGGGAGUGUACCCCCCACACCCCACGACCACCACCACCACCUCCUCUUCCUCCUCCUGCCCCUGCCCCUCAACUGGUUCCUCGCCCUGCUCCACGGAGAGCGGAGGACUUCGAUUUGUACACACAGCGCCACCGUGUGUGUUCAGCCACACGACAUCACUGACUCUCACUGAGCUGCCUGGCGCUAUGUCACAUUAGUCAAAGUCAGCUUGCCUCUUGAACCUUGUCUUUUCCUCCACUUUUAUUUAUUUUUUCUCUCUUAAACUUCGGUUUGACUGUUGGCAACUGGAAUGUUUUCAUUUUUCUAUGACCGCUGUUCAUUCAUAGAGGUUGUACUUUUGAAAAAGCCAUCACUGUCAAAUUAGCAGCGCUGCAUCGGUAGAAUUACUGUAAAUAAAGAAGACCCUAAUCGACAGGUCACCACUACCUCAUGCAAAUUUACCAGCUUUCAACUCGUAAAUCCCUAAAUUGAGUCCAGGUGGUUUCCCAUAAUCCCCCAUUCACAGCAUGACUACUGAGUCUGUAAUGUGCAUCGGCGUUCUGGUCCCUUCGUCUCCUCCAUUCGUGUUGACUCAUUAUUGCUCAUGUUGCACACUAAAGCAACAGCGUUCAUGUUUGAAAUGCUACACUUUUUACGUUGUUUAGGCUUUAGGCUUUGUUUAGGCUUGCUUGUCUGUUCGUGUUUGUGCUUUAAGAAGUGCUUUAAAAGUACCAUAUGACUGUUGAGAGGGAGAAUCAUGACUUAGUUAUCUACAGUAUUUUGCACACAGGGUCAAACCACCAAUGUUUAUCAGACAGGAAGGCGAGAUUGUAUUGGUUGGGUUUGGGUUUGUUUUUUUUUACUUUAGAAGAAAAUUAUAUAGUUGUUGUAAAACAUACAGAAGUAUGAGGGACAAACACUAUAUCAGGGGUGUCCAAAGUGCAGCGUGGGGCCUUUUUCUUUUCAUUUUCGGCCCGCAACUUGUUUUUAUUGGCAUAUUUUGAAAAUAAAAUGGAUUAUUGAUGAUGAAUGUUAUUAGAUAUUACACUUGCUUUGUCACUGAUAACAAAAAGCUAAGAUGUGGAUUUUUAGCUUAGCAUAUAUUGACCUACUGUAGAGUGGGUUUAACGUUUUUAAUGCACAAAGUGUGUCAAAGUGACCCCCCCAUUCUCACACUUUUGUGAAUGUGACCCCUGGUGGAAACAGUUUGGACACCCCUGCACUAUAUGGACAAAAGUGCAUAGUCAAUCAAGUAUUUGGCGCUACCCCUUAAUUAACCUGAAUUGUUUGUGCAUGGGCGGAUGAUAUCCGCUCCAAAAAGUCUCAAAAGGCAGCAAAAGGGAGACCAAGCACAUAUUUUCUCCCAUUUUCACUGGAAUUACUUUUGUCCAUAUAGUGUGCAGAAUGUUUUUGAUGAUGUAUAUAACUUAUUACACAUUUUACUUAGUCUUUUGCCUUCAUAAUAGUCCAAAUUAGAUGAUGAUUGUCCCUCGCCUCUCUAUUGAAGCCAUGUUUUUUGACGCUGCACCCAGUUCAGUCGUGCUCAGGGAAAACUGCAGCUGCACUGUGUGCUGGCGGCUUCCCUGGUUUAGUUUCACUUUCAGUCCAUUCGUGUGCUUAGUGCAGCAUGUAGUCACGCCCAGGAUAGACCAACAGUAUGUUUGCAUAGUUUGGUUCAAUCAGAUCAGAUAACCAGAGCCAUAAAAGACUGCAAACAUGACCACCAAGCAGAAAAGUUUGGUACCGUUAAGUAUUGGCACAAACCAGACUCCUAUUUGGCACCCUAUGCCGUGGAUUUACCAUUCCAAACCUUAGCAUGGUGAGCUUAGCUUAAAUGUUCUUGGUCACAAUGCUGCAUUCGAGACAGCUGGGAAGUUGGAAAUACUGGAGCUUACUAGGUUUACUCUAGGAAGCGAGGUGUCCGCCAGCGCUCUCUUUAUCCUUGGCCAGCAAAUGCCACAAAUCUUGUCAACUAUUUAGCUUGUUAGCUUCCUUUGUCGCGAUAUUGAUCCAGAAUCGGAGAAGAAGACGUUCGAAGUUGAGCUGUGCCCUCUGAUCAAGUCGUAUAGACAGAGGAAAUAAUGUAGUACAAGCUGUGUCGCCUUGACACAAGGUUCCAUUUUAUUUAUUGUAGUUUAUUGUUGUUUUUUAGGCGCAAGUCAUGCUACGCAGGAGGUUUGUAGGGGUAGGACAGUCAUGACAGUCAUGGCCAAAAUUUUUGGUGUAACUUAAAUUUUGUGCUUCAGAGACAUAAUUUUUCAUUUUUGCCAUGUUCCUUAUUUUUUUCAGUAUAUAACAGACGGGUAAAAUGUUUUCCUAAUAAAUAAUGAAGCAGCAGAGUUGCUGAUACAUCGAAGUUAAGUCACUACCAACCACCGCAAAACAUUAAACAACUUAUAAACUAUUCAAAUGUUAAUCUUUUUCAAAUUUGACCUUUUCCAACAAAAGCAUUCAACUAACAGUGCAGGGUGCAUGUGUACGCUGUAGGCCUACUUUGCAAUCAUUUACACUGCACUAUGUAGGCCCUUUUGAGUCGUUCCUGUAUUUGUGUAAAAAAACGUAGCCAACUAAACCUUAACAUAAAAAAUCCCAUCAGAGUUCGCAUGUCUGCACUGUCUGCUCAGUAUCGUUGACAUCACUUGACUCGUCACAGGCAAUUGAAUAUGCUUGACUGUCUUUUCAGAAAGAGGCAUUUCUUUCGUUUUCUGAAUCAUUUCUGUUUAAUUUUGACUUCGGAGAACGGAUGCUCUGAUAUUUUUAUGAACGAGUCUCCCAUGUAGUCUCCAACAGUGAACGGCUUCCUCCUUACGAUGACAUGUGCAGCCGCAACUCUAGCAGCUGUAGUUGAGUUUGGAGCGUUCACCCCUGCUUGAAAUCAACCUUACGCAGUAAUUCCGAAAUCGCUGUCUUACACCCAUCUGCAGUUGUUUACUUUUCCGAAAAAGCCGAGUGCUUGUUUUGAAAAUGUCUUUCAACGUUAUAUUUUUUGUUGUUUGUUAAAUUCUCGUCGCAUAUCAAGCACACGGGGAAGCCAGUGUCAUGGGCAGUGAAGGCAAAGGAAUAUGUCCAUUCCGAAUUUAACUGUUUUCUCUCGAGAUUUUUCUUUUUAGGGACGUAUUCAUGGUUACGGGGGUAGCACACUCAACAAGACGUCUUUUUCGUGUCUCACCGGUCUCGCCGCACACACCAACCCACACUCUCCCUUCCCUUGCUCACCCAAUCAGCCGUCAGAACACAGUCUAGAUCCAUUCACGGACUUCUGAUGAGUCGGAUAUUUCAAACUCUUUUAGAAAAUGCAUAUUUCCUCCACUUCGGCGUUCAAAAAAAAUCACCAAGCUCGUCCAAGGGAGCCGCAACAAAGAGGUUGAAGAGCCGCAUGCAGCUCCGGAGCUGCGGGUUGCCAAUCCGUGGUUUAGAAUAUGCCCAUGGGCCAAUAACAUCGCUCCCUCGCUCUAUCGUGGUUUUUCAAAAAUUAAUUAGUACAUGAUGGCUGUUUCGUGGUUGACUACGACCUUUUAUUAGUCAAAAAAGAUUGAAAGACAAGUUCAUGUAGUACUCUGGUCACUAAACAUUGGUGAGACAUGACAUUGCGUCACAUUGCCUUAACACAGCAUGUAGUCAGCCAUGGCAGGUCAUGAUAGAGUGGAAAAAAAGUUCUCUCAUUCCGUACGUUUUUGGCUUCUUACUUUGACCUUCCCUACUCCGUUUGAAACACUUUCUUAAGUUUAGAACAAAUAAAUUGGAGGCUUACUUGUUAGCUCGGUAGCUUGCAGUGGCGUCUCUUAUGUCCCUGCAGUCAUAAGAGGUGACUGUAAACAAUCAUAGGAAUGAAAAGGUGACUACUAGUAUAGGGAUGUUAUUUCAUGUUUACAGGGCUCUAAUCAUGGUAAAAAAAAAAAAAACAUAUUUAGAAAGUCAUAAAGAGGUUUUCUAUGCUCCAACUACAAAAUAUUUCCUUUUCUAAUAUUCAAUCCUACUCCACGGAAAUUCACUCAUCGUGGUCGGAUCUGGACCAAAUAACCGCAACAAACAAGGGACAACGGGAAUGCAUUUUAGUGAAGCGGCAGUUUACACCUUUCUGAUUUGCUGGUUGCAAAUCCCAGGCUUUCUAGUUUUCUGGAAUGCAGCAUUCGACUUAUUAAAAUGAUUCCAUUAUAUUCCAGAACAUCAACACUAUAGGGUGAGGGUUGGGGUUACGAUUAGGAUUGGGGAGGUAGUGUUAGCCUAUUAACGAGAGUCAGUGGCAGUAAUGCCCUUUUCUUUUUGAGAUGACUCCAAAAGCAAAGCUUCACAAUGUCUGCACACUUUCACACAUAUCCGAUUGUCUUUAGAUGCUAUCCCUUUAUUGUGAAUAUGUAGCCAAAGAGCAGAGCAGAGAAUAUUAGGUACAUCCGAGAACAUUUGAUAGAUUUUGUAUGAUUUGAUAUGAUAGCUACUGUUAGUUGCCAUCUUCUUUGGGAUAUUUAUCCCCUGUAAGAAUGCUGCUGACGAAUGUCACAGCAUUACGGGUCCUCAAUUGGACAAAAACCCACCAUUUGUGAGACUUUUGUGACAUUUGUGAGUUCUUAGUUCUGUUUUUUUGGUCACGGUGACAUGCUUUGUGAGCUCCGAAUUGCCCUAGUUGUAAGUAUUUAUGCAAAUGUUGAAAGCCACCGCAUGUAGGUUAACCUGUAUAUUCCCUAAACCUACUCUGUCCCGUGUGUUGUCUUCAUGAACCCACUUGUCCCUUUAGCGUGUCGUUAGAUGCAUGUUGUCUCAGUAACUGUCUUGACAAAGUUGUUUUUUUGUUUUUAUUCAAAUGUGAGUGUGUCAAAGUAGCAACAUUUUAUUCCUAAAAAAAAAAAAAAUCAUGUUUUCUCAGAGGAAAUCAACUUUGCCGUUACCUUCAUUAAAAAGAUGACAUAAGGGCUUUAUUCCAACGUAAUCUGAUUAUUCAUCAUGACCCUGUACACUGUACAUAUAGACACUGAUUGCUAUGCAUUGUCAGAAAGUCCUGAAAAUAAACUAUAUUUAUUGAAAGUUUGGCACGUUACAGGGAAGAAGUGUCCUUGAAGAUCCUGUUCUUGCACGAAAUGAUUCCAAAUUUGUAGAAAACAAUUUAUCAUUUUUCGUGUAAAUUCCCACUAAAUUCUCAUUGUGCUUCUCUGACCUACAAUUUCAAUCCCUACGUUGUAAAUUGAAUGCCAGGGUUUUGGUUUUUCUUGCAAACUAAAAUAAUGCGAUGUGGUGCACAUCAGUGAAUGUUCUGUGAGCUUUUGUGUCAUUGCUUUCUGAAUGAAAUGCUCCAUGUUUAAGAUGCUUGUGUACAAAGACUGUGAAUAUAAAUGAUAAUUUUCAAGAUAUUUACAAAUGUUUGGCUGUUGUGGCUUGAGGGGUGGGGC